AUGAGUAUAGACGCUUCGACGCCAGGUGAGAGUAUGCUCGAAAGUCAAACCCCGGAUCGCGUGGGCGAGUCAAUCCCGAUCAAAGCGGGAGAAACCGAAAAGGAGACAGGCUCGGGCCGGGAUAUCGUAGGAUUCCGCUGGCUGCUCGUCUGCGUUGCCGUUUUCUCUACCAACUUGCUCUAUGGCCUUGACAAUACCAUUGUGGCAGACAUCCAGGCUCCCAUUGCCGGUGACUUUAACGAGUACACAAGACUGGGUUGGCUUGAUGUGGGCUUCACCUUGGGAUCAGUGGUUAUUAUUCUCCCGUUGGGCAAAGCAUACGCCGUGUUCGAUACGAAAUGGCUCUUCACUGGCUGUUUAACAAUGUUUGCAGCCGGUAGUGCUCUCUGCGGUGGUGCCCCUAGCAUGAAUGCCAUCAUUGUAGGGCGUGUGUGGGCAGGAGCCAGGGGAGCGGGUAUGUAUCUGGGAAACCUGAAUCUGAGUACCAUCCUGACCAUACCGACUAAGCAGCCCGUGUAUGUGGGUCUAUUUGGAUUGAUCUACGGCACCGGCUGUAUUUUGGGUCCCAUUAUUGGCGGUGCUUUCUCCGAUAGUUCGGCCACAUGGCGAUGGUCGUUCUAUCUCAAUCUGGUCAUUUUUGGAGUCAUGUCACCUGUCUAUAUAUUCCUGCUGCCCUCAUUGCCACGCCCAGCAGGCGAAGGCCGCAGCUUCCUCAAGAAGUUAUUGCGGCUGGACUGGGUGGGCACGGUCAUUUCCGCAGGAAUGCACACCUCGACAAUCUUGUUCAUCGUCUUUGGUGGUGUCGAAUGGUCCUGGAAGGAUGGCCGAAAUAUCGCGCUGUACGUAGUCUCUGCCGUCUGUACCAUUGCCUUUGUGCUCAGUCAGUACUUCUGCGUGGGAACCACCAAACAGGACCGAUUAUUCCCAAGCGAGUUCUUGCGGAACCCCACAAUGACCCUCCUCUAUGUCAUCAUGGCCUGUGGCGGUGCCGCCCUCUUCGUGGCAGUCUAUUAUAUCCCACUGCACUUCCAGUUUGUCCACGGCGACUCCGGCGUUAUGUCGGCGGUCCGUCUGUUGCCGUUCGUCUGCUUCUACGUGGCUACGAUUCUGCUGUGCGGUUAUGCCAUGCCCAAGACCGGCUUCUUCAUCAUCUGGUAUCUGAUGAGUGGCGUCUUCAUGCUCAUUGGAGCCGUGUUGAUUUACACCGUGAGAUUGGAUACCAGCCCCUCUAACGUCCAUGGGUACUCCAUUCUGAUGGGACUGGGUAUGACCAUUGUAACCCCCGACCGAGUGGCCGAGUGCAUCCAGUUCAUGAACAUCGGCCAGGGUCAGAGUCAUCUGUUGGGAUUGGCCAUAGCAAGUGCCAUUUUCCAAACCAAGACCUUCAGCGGCCUCACUGCUCUGUUAGGGGAUAAGGGAUAUUCGCGGGCGGACAUCCAAGGUGCCAUCGCCGGCACUCAGAGUACCCUGAUGGAGCGACUUCCCCCGGCCUUGAAAACAGCAGCCCUGAAGGUCAUUGUGAGUUCGAUCAGUGAUGUCUACGUAAUGGCAAUUUCGGCUGGUGCUCUCUACGUCGUUGCGUCUUGCUUGCUGCCUCGUCGUCGGUUCUAG